UCCGAUUGCCUGUUCUCGUUCCACUGCUCGUAGCUUGACCAUCGAGCGGAGAUUGCCGUAGCCAAUACCUGGUCGGUUGUAUAUAACCUUGCAUUCCUUUCGUUCGGUGGCCGGAGAACAUGGUCCUAUCGGCGGUUCUUUGCCAUAUAGGUACUGCUGUCGCACUCUACGUUGCGUUGCGUGUCCUCUGCGAAGUUUGGGAGCGAGCGCGAUCGCCGCUGCGCCAGUUACAAGGGCCGCCUAGCCCGAGUUGGUUUUUCGGACUCAACACGGGCGAUUCGGCGCUCUUGCAAGAUAGCUGGCUGAAAGAGUACGGCACGACCCUCAAGGUCGGCGCCUUUUUCAGGCGAGACCGAUUAUGCACUGUCGACCCCCGUGCGCUGAACCACAUCCUAACGCACUCCGCCGACUAUCAAAAACCAUCCUUGGGCAGGGACAUUCUCAGCCGCGUCGUCGGUGAAGGCCUUCUCCUCGCUGAAGGCGACGCUCACCGACGUCAGCGCCGCGUCAUGAAUCCCGGCUUUGGACCCGCGCAGGUCCGUGGGCUUACCAGUAUCUUCAUCGACAAGGCGACGCAACUUCGGGACGCAUGGCUUUCCGAGCUGCAAGGCACUGGUGGUACAGGGCCGGUGAGGCUCGACGCCCUGUCAUGGCUCAGUCGCGCUACGUUGGAUAUGAUAGGCCUCGCCGGCUUCGACUACCACUUCGAAUCGCUCGAGGACGAGGGCGGGAAACCCAACGAGCUUCAUGAAGCUAUGGCGACCAUGCUCAGUGCAUCGAGCGGUGCCAGACUUUGGAUGCUUCUUCAGGCUCGGAUUCCGCUUCUACGUUGGGUAGCCACGAAACGAGACCGCCAAACGAUAUAUGCACAGAGCACGAUGAAGCGUAUCGGUUACGGCCUCAUAGCCGAACGGAAAGCUGCCCUCCGUGCUGAGAAGCAUGGAGCACACGUAGAAAAAGCCGAUGUACAAGGGCGUGAUUUGCUCAGUCUCCUCAUCAAGGCCAACAUGGCGGUUGACAUACCAGAUGACCAGCAAAUUCCGACGUUCUUGGUGGCGGGCCACGAAACUACAUCAACUGGGACGACCUGGGCGCUCUUUGCGCUCACCCAGGAUAAGAACGUUCAGCGCAAGCUCCGCGAGGAGCUCUUCACCAUGCCUACCACCCUGCGUGUACAUCCGCCAGUGGGCUCCACGACGAGGGUAGCGAUGAAAGAUGACCUGAUCCCGGUGAGCGGGCCAUAUGCAGACAAGCAUGGAAAAGUGUAUCAGGAGAUCCGAGUCAAAAAGGGCGAUCAUGUUCAGAUCUCUAUCGUCGCCGUUAAUCGUGCCAGUCAUAUAUGGGGCGACGAUGCACACGAGUUCAAGCCUGAGCGAUGGUUGGAACCAGGAUCGAUGCCGAAUGCGCCAUCACACAACCCCGGAGUAUGGGGAAACAUGCUCAGCUUCCUCGGAGGCCCACGCGCUUGCAUCGGUUACCGUUUCUCCCUCGUCGAGAUGAAAGCACUGUUGUUCGUCCUCGUGCGUGCCUUCGAGUUCAAACUCGCCAUACCCUCGAGUGAGAUCUCGAAGACGACGGCCGUGGUGACGCGACCAAUGGUCAAGAGCGAACGCAAGCACGGCAAUCAACUUCCGUUACUCGUCAAGCCCUACUUUCCCAGUGCUGCAUCUGAUUGGUGA